GGUUGUUAGGCAAAUCUGAUUCUUUCAAACUAUGGGUCUGCCCGGAGAGAUCUGUAAAUCUGCUGAGAAAUAAGUGAAGCUUUGUGCCAAUUGUUAGGUCUAAGCAGAAGUUUGGGAGAGGGAGGAGAAGUUACUCAUUUGCGCGAUUCCGCACGAGAGUGACAAUGACGACCUCAGACUCUGGAGAAAGAUGACCUUUCAUGAACAUGAAGUGUACUUCCUGCUACACAUUUUUGUCCUACUGACCUCUGAUAUCCAGAACACAUGACCCUGGUUCUAUAGAAAGUCAACUGAUCAAAGACCCCCUCAUCAUGCAUCAACUGUUCAGACUGGUUUUGGGACAAAAAGAUCUUUCGCGAGCUGGGGACCUCUUCUCCUUAGAUGACGCUGAGAUUGAAGACAGCCUGACAGAAGCUUUGGAGCAGAUUAAAAUAAUUAGCUCAUCUUCAGAUUACCAAACCAAUAACAAUGACCAGGCAGUGGUUGAAAUCUGUAUCACAAGAAUCACAACAGCCAUCAGAGAGACGGAGUCCAUCGAAAAGCACGCAAAGGCGCUGGUGGGGCUCUGGGACUCCUGCUUGGAACACAACCUGAGACCCUCCGGGAAAGAUGAAGACACCCCUCAUGCAAAGAUCGCAUCUGAUAUCAUGAGCUGCAUUUUGCAGAAUUACAACCGGCCUCCUGUGAUGGCAUUAGCCAUCCCCAUUGCAGUGAAAUUCCUCCACAGAGGCAACAAGGAACUGUGCAGGAAUAUGUCUAACUACCUGUCCCUAGCUGCUAUCACCAAGGCGGAGCUCCUGGCUGACCACACGGAAGUUUUCAUAAAGAGCAUACUCCAAGGUAUGGUGCAAAGGCUGAGCUUCAGGACGUGCUUUAGGAGUCGUUUAAAAGUAUUUUCAUGAAACAUUUAUGGUUUGAGAAAAAUGAGACCUAGAGUAUUUAGAGGCAGGUUAGUUUCUGCUUUGCUGCUAGGUGACUUAAGAGCAUGCAAGUCACAUGGGCUGUCUGAGUGAAUCUGUCUCUCCCCAUGGCAAAUGAAUUACUUGGACUCAUUAGAUGAGUUGUAAGUUUCCUUCCAA